UAUAAGGCCUAAUUAUUUCAAUAAAACUCAAAUCACUUAGUAGCGUCCUACCAUAACGUUCAUAGAGUCUUUGAGAAAGUUUGAAAAUAUAAUUUUACAAUUUGAAUAAAUAUGUUUGUGUUAAAGUUGACAACAUUUUUCGUCGUAUUAUCCCUUGUUGGAUUCUGUGUGACAGCACAAGAGUGUGGCGUGUGUGACGAAAACGUAGAUGGAGCAGAUGCUGUAGUUGGCAGCGGAGCUGCAGGUGGUGUCGGCAAAAUCGGGGCAAAUGGUCUACCUGGAUGUCCUGGAUGUCGUGGUGGUAAUGGAGGAAAGGGUGAUGGAUCAGGCGCGGGUGGAGCUGGUGCAGUCGGUGGAAAUGGUGGAGAUGGGAUUGAAGGAGGAAAAGGCGGAGCUGGUGGUCCAGGUGGAAAUGGUGGAAAUUCCGGUUUAGAUGCUGGAGCUGGUGGUGUUGGCGGUUUAGGUGGAAAUGGUGGUGCAGGAGAGCCGGCGGGAGAUGGUGGAAAAGGAGGUAAUGGCGGUUGUGCUCGUGGAUCUACUGGAGGAGCUGCAGGAACUGGUGGAGGUGGUGGAAAUGGCGGAGCAGGAUCAGGAAAUGGUGGAGCCGGAGGUAGUGGUGGAAGUGGAGGAUAUUCUGGUAAACAAGGUGGAGGCGGUGGACUUGGUGGAGCUGCAGGAAGUGCAAGUGCACAGAAAGGUAACGAUGGAAUGAGUGGCACAAGUUGUAACGCUCCAAUUGGCUCGCCACUGUGUGAAUGUGGUUCUGAAACUACACCAGUUGAUCCUACACCAGUUGAUCCUACACCAGUUGAUCCUACACCAGUUGAUCCUACACCAGUUGAUCCUACACCAGUUGAUCCUACACCGGUUGAUCCUACACCGGUUGAUCCUACACCGGUUGAUCCUACGCCAGUUACUCCUACUUCGAAGCCUGUUGAUGGUGGGUGUAAUGGAGUCUAA